AGUUAAUAUAUAUAUAUUUUUAAUGCACGAACUUGUAUUAUGUUUCACUUUUAAAAGUGAAUUUAUUAGUUACUUAUUUAUUCCAGAUCAAAAUGAUUCAAAUUUUCUUGCUCGGGUUUAUUUUUGUUAAUUUUGCAUCGUCAGAAUUAACUGUAAAAACUAGUAAAGGAGUGCUCAAAGGAGAAGUUUUGAUAUCAAGAAAUGGGCGAGAAUUUGACUCUUUUAUGAGUAUACCAUAUGCUAAGCCACCGGUUGGUGAGCUAAGAUUUAAAGCUCCAGUUCCAGUAGAUCCAUGGAGUGGUGUUUUGGAUGCCACCAAAGAGCCUACGCCGUGUAUUCAAGAACCUGCCGGCUUUAAUACGAGUGAAAAUUGUUUAUUUUUAAAUGUAUACACACCACAUACUGAUAAAACAAAUUUGCCAGUAAUGGUUUACAUUCACGGAGGUGCUUUUUUAUCAGGUCAUAGUGGUCCUACAUAUGCCGGAGCAAAAUAUUUUAUGGAUAAAGAUGUAGUAUUAGUGACAACCAAUUACAGAGUUGGUAUAUUAGGCUUUAUAACUUUCGAAGAUGAUCGGCUACCUGGAAAUCAAGGAUUAAAAGAUCAAGCUUUAGCUUUGAAAUGGGUCAAAGAAAAUAUUCGUUAUUUUAAUGGUGAUCCAGGGAAAGUAACACUUUUUGGUCAAAGUGCUGGAAGUGCAAGUGUAGGGUUGCAUCUCUUGUCUCCUAUGAGUAAAGGUCUUUUUCAUAGAGCUAUUCUUGAAAGUGGAUCGCCUCUUGCCUUAUGGGCUGUAGCUCCACCAGGAUUUGGCCGUAAAAAAGGUGAACAUUUUGCUAAACUAGCUGGAUGCCAUUCAAAUAAUACAGCAAGUAUGAUGAAAUGUUUGCAAAAUAUUAGUGAUGAAAAAAUUGUAGAAAUUCAGAGAUCAUUAGUAAUAUGGCGAAAUCAUCCAUUAAUUUAUGCUACUCCAACUGUUGAAAAUUGUGAUGCAGGACAAAAAGCAUUCAUUUGUGAACAUCCACUGAGAAAGUUUAAAGUGGAAUCUGAUGUGCCCAUUAUUGUUGGAUCUAAUACCGGAGAAGGAGGAAUUAUUGUGGCUUCUUUAUACAAUAAAACGGAUUUGUUAUUCCCAGAACUUGACCAAAAUUUUACUAAUUUAAUUGCCAUGAUGACUUUUUAUGAAGAUUAUUCGACUCUUCCAAGUAUAAAAGAGAUUGGCAUAAAAUUAUUAAAGGAAUAUUUUCCAUCUGGAAGAAUAUCUGGGGCUACUCAUUUAAAUUCGGUUAAGUUGUUUACGGAUGCAAUAUUUACCUAUGCUAUAAUGGAUUUGGCACAUAAAUGGACGUCUCCUGCAUAUGUCUACUUAUAUAACUACCAAAAUGAAUUUUCAUUCAAUACAAGAUGGGGAAGCUGCGAAAUCCCUUUAGGAGUAUCUCACAAUGAUGAAUUAACCAGUUUGUUCAACAUGGGAAAUAAUGCACCAGAUUUAAAUCCUGCUGAUACUGCAGUUUCAAAAAUUGUUAUAGACAUAUGGACACAAUUUGCAACAACUGGGAAUCCCACCAUUAAUGGAAAAGAAAAUGGUUCUGAAUGGCCUAAAUAUGAUCCUACAAAAGAUUCCAUAAUACUCAAUAUCUCAUCAGUUACGCCUGAAUUAGUUGAGGAUCCCUUUAAAAAUAUGUAUGUAUUUUGGAAAAGUCUACCCUUAUUGUCUAAAUUCAAUGGCAAUAAUGAAUUAUCAAAAGCAAUUGAAAAAAAUAAUUCCUUAUUUUAAUGAUCUUUGGUAAAAAUUUGUAUUUAGUAUGCUUAUUAUAAUUGUUGCUGCGUAUUUCAUAAGUUAAUGUGAUAUCAUUACUACUUAAUACUAUAAAGAAAAGCUUUUAUAGAUUAUAUUUAAAAUUUCACGUAUUUUGAAAUAAACUUACACUAAAAAAAAUCCGAAAUAUAGUUUAUGUAUAAUAAGGUUCUUUAGUGAUGUUUGAAAAAUAAAUAAAUAAGCUGUGCCGUAUUUUUUACAGUUAUAGUCUUAAAUGAUACAAAAAAGUUAUUAUAAAGUAAUUAUGUUAAGUUUAUUCGAGACAUUUUUACUCCAAAAAUAAAUGAACAGCCUUUCUUUAAAUUCGGAUAAAAUUUUCUGUAUAAAAGUUGAAACAAAAAUAUAGAAAUAGCUUUAAUUGCCUGAAGGGAUGAAGACUUUUUUUAAAAUAAAUCAAUUGAGUAUUUUAAAGCUCAAAAAAUAAAUUCGUUAUGUUUAUUAUAUAGAAACAAAGUUUAAAUGAACAUUUUUUUCAAAAAUCGUUUACUGAGGAAUCAACUAUUUCGCUGUAGAACAUUUUCUUUUUAUGAUAACGAUUAGUUUACAUAGCAUUCAAAUUUUUAUAUUGAUAACUUUUUCAAGUCACUAAUUUUAUUUGAAAUUACAACAAUUUUUAAGUUUGAGCCGAAGCUUAGAAAAAUUUUCUAGCCUAUACAAAAUUAUUUUUUCUGCGUUAUUUUUUUUUUUAUUUGUUUGAAUAAUAAACGCCUAUUAGGCAUAAAGUACAGACAAAAUGAACACAAAAGAGUAUACAUAUAGGUUUAACAAAAGUAUAAGAAUAGAUAAUAACAAUAUAUGAGAAUAACAUACAACCAAAAAAAAAGCAUA